AUGGCAGUAGCAUUUGUUGGAGGGGCUGCUCCUGGGGCAGCAUUUGGUGAGGGCUUUGCAGUGUUACAUGACACGGUUAAGGAUGUGGUAAGCAAAGCCCGUAUGUUCAAACCCAUUCUUAAACGCCUAGAAUCCACGUUAGAUCGUUUGGCACCAACGGUCAACGAAAUAACACAAUUAAGCGAACAACUUGAUCUCCCAAAGGUGGAAACAGAGAACUUGAUCGAAAAUAUGGAAAAGGGAGAGAAGCUGGUUCGCAAGUGCUUGAAAAUCCGGUGGUGGAACUACUGUUUCAAAAUAUAUUACUCUCACAAACUUGAAGCGUUGGACAAAGAAAUCGUCAGACAAAGGGUGCUGUGCGCGGUUCGUGAUCCCCCGGAUUUUACGGUCGGGUUGGAUAUGCCAAUGAAGGAGUUGAAGACGCUGCUGUUGAAGGAGGAGGUGCAGCUGCUUCUACUGACUGCUCCUGGAGGAUGUGGGAAAACCACAUUGGUGCAAAUGCUUUGUCAGGAUGACGAAAUUAGAGGAAUGUUUGAGGACAAUAUUCUCUUUGUGAACGUUUCAAAAACUCCCAAUGUGAAGGUCAUUGUGCAGAACCUAUUAAAUUAUAAGGAUAUGCAGCCUAAUUUUCAAAUUCAAAGUGAUGAAGAUGCAAUCAACCAGCUGUCACAACUGCUGAAUCAUCUUACACCUAAUCCUAUAUUGUUGAUCCUAGAUGAUGUCUGGCUCGGGUCAGAAUCCCUUCCUGAAAGGUUUAAGUUUGAUCUUCCCAAUUACAAGAUUUUGGUUACUUCAAGAACUGCAUUUCCAAGAUUGAAAUUUACAUAUCACUUAAAACCACUAGAUGAUGUUGAUGCAAUGACUCUUUUUCAUCGCUCAGCAUCCCUACAUGACGAGAACUCUUACAUUCCAGCAGAAGAAGAUGCCAAAAAGAUAGUAAGAGGCUGUGGGGGAUUCCCACUAGUCAUUAAAGUGAUUGGUGGCUCACUGCGUAGGCAGCAUGAAGUAGUAUGGCACAGUAGACUAAUGAAAUGGUCUGAUGGUCAAUUUUAUUUUAGUUCUGAUACGGAGCUGCUUGCUCAUCUUCAAAAAAGCCAAGAAUUUUCUGAUGACAACGUCAUCAUCAAAGAGUGUUUCAUGGACCUAGGUUCAUUUCCCGAAGACCAAAGGAUCCCUGCUGCUGCCCUCAUUGAUAUGUGGGCAGAAUUGUAUAAACUGGAUGAAGAUGGCAUCCAUGCCAUUGCCAAUUUACGAGAACUCAACAUUCGAAAUCUAGCUAGUCUUGUGAUGGCAAGGAAAGAUGCAAGUGAGGUCAAAAGCUAUUAUAAUGAAGACUUUGUCACACAACAUGAUAUUCUUAGAGAGCUUGCUAUGCAUCAGAGCAGCCAGGAGUCUAUAGGACAACGGUCAAGACUGAUUAUUAACAUAAGGGGAAACAAUCUACCAAAGUGGUGGACAGAACAAAAACAGCAACUCAUUAAUGCUCACCUACUAUCUAUCUCAACAGAUGAAUUAUUCUCGUCCAGUUGGUGCAACAUUCAAGGAUCCAAAGUUGAGGUUUUAGUUUUGAAUUUUCAUACAAAGAAUUACACAUUACCUGAGUUUGUGGAGAAAAUGGAUAAACUCAAGGUUUUGAUAAUCAAUAAUUAUGGUUUCUUUCAUUCCAAGAUAAGCAAUUUUCAAUUGCUUGGGUCUCUACCCAAUUUAAAAAGAAUCAGAUUAGAGAAGGUUUCAAUUUCUUCGCUUUGCAAGACCCCUGUACCAUUGAAGAGUUUGAAGAAAAUAUCCUUGUUUAUGUGUAAUAUUUGUAAGGCUUUUGAGAAUUGUACAAUUCAAGUUUCAGAUGCAUUUCCAAAUUUGACGGAGAUAAACAUUGACUAUUGUAAUGAUCUGGAGGAAUUGCCUAUUGGGCUGUGUGAUAUCGUCCACCUCAAAAAAAUCAGCAUCACCAACUGUCAUAAGUUGUUUGCACUGCCAGAAGAAAGUGGAAAGCUGGUGAAUUUAGAAGUUCUAAGGCUUAGAUCAUGUACUGAUUUGUCAAAGCUACCAGAUUCAAUCAGAAGUCUUCAUAAGUUAAGCAUUCUAGACAUAUCUGACUACCUAAGCAUUAUGAAGUUGCCAAAACACAUUGGUGAGUUGUGUAAUUUAAAAGAGCUUAACAUGAAAGGGUGCUUAAGAUUGCGUACUCAGUUUCCAGAAUCAAUAAUUGAUCUUGAGCAGUUAAAGCUUGUGGUAUGUGAUGAAGAGAGGGCCAGGUUAUGGGAGCCUUACAAGGAAUUCCUCACCAAGCUUAAGGUAGAGGUGGGUGAAAAAGUUAUCAACCUGAAUUGGCUUCCCAAAUGA